UAAGCUAUGAAAGACUACAAACAAUUUGCAAUAAAAGCGGAAUUGAAAAGAAGAAAUUGAAUUUUGACAAAUUAAAAAUGUUAUCAAUAUUAAUCGCAAUAUCGCUCUUGGUCACUUUAAUUGUGACUGCAUUUUUAUACGUGAAAAAUGCAUAUUCGUAUUGGAAGCGUAAAGGAGUUCAUUUCAAAUCACCCACAUUUCCAUUCGGAAAUUUCGCCGGCUCCAUCCUUCAAAUGAGAGCAUUUGGCGAAGAUCUUGAAGAUUUAUACAAUAGUACAACUGAACCAUUCAUUGGAUUAUAUUUGUCAUUACAACCGGCCCUCUUAGUUCGUGAUCCCAAGAUCAUUAAAGAUAUGUGCAUAAAAAGUUUCCAGAAUUUCGAUCAUCGAAUAUUCGCUAAUAGUGCGGCGUCUGAUCCAAUGGCCGAUAAUAUUUUAUUGCAAAAAGGUGAUAAAUGGAAACGAGCACGCACACAAUUUUCGCCCGCAUUUUCAUCGGGUAAAUUAAAGACAAUGUUUGAUACGAUUGUAAAUUGUGGAAAUUCAUUAGAUGAGCACAUUGAUCGUUUUGCAAAUACUGGCAAAUCAGUGGAAAUGCGUGAAGUAUUUGCUCAAUUUGCGACAAACGUUAUUGCGUCGGUUGCUUUUGGCAUAGACAUUGACUGUAUCAAAAAUCCUGAUUGUGAAUUUCGUAAAUAUGGCCAACGAUUUUUCGAACCAACGGUGAAAAAUAUAACACGAGCUAAUAUCAAUGUUAUGAUGCCAAAACUUUCAAAUUUGUUGGGCUUGAGAUUUGUUGACAAAGAGGUUGGUGAUUUUAUGAUCGAAACGGUACGACAAAAUGCAGAAUAUCGUGAAAAGAAUAAUUUGAUUCGUAAAGAUUUCUUCCAAUUGUUGAUGCAACUACGAAAUACUGGAAAAGUUAACGAGAAUGAUGAUGAUUGGUCGGCAAAAUCGAAUUCUGACGAAAAAGCACUUACACUAGAAGAAAUUGCAGCGCAAGCAUUUCUUUUCUUUGUUGGAGGCUUUGAAUCGUCAUCAUCAACGAUGUCAUUUGCGUUAUACGAAUUGGCCAAAAACCCGGAAAUUCAGCAAAAGGUGUAUGAAGAAAUUAUUGAGAGCCUUGAAAAAUACGAUGGAAAAUUUACAUACGAUUCAGUUGCUGAUAUGAAAUAUAUGGACCUUUGUCUAAAUGAAUCACUGAGAUUGCAUCCACCGUUUCCUAUUGGCAGUAGAAAAUGUUCAAACAAUUACCAAAUCCCUGGAACAAAGAUGAUCAUUGAAGAAGGAACACCCAUUUUAUUUUCGGCCACUGGACUGCAAUACGAUGAAAAGUAUUAUGACGAACCGAAAAAAUUCAAACCAGAGAGAUAUAGUGAUGCACAAACAGCGAAGAACUUCGAAGAGAGUCCGAAUUUUAUUUUUGGAGAAGGGCCGCGUAAUUGUUUGGGAUUGCGAUUGGGAAAAUUGCAAUCGAAACUCGCAAUCGUUUUGUUGAUGCGAAAAUUUAGAUUCGAAUUGGACGAUCAACAUAAAAAUACUGAGCUUAAACUAAAUCCAAGGUCUACCGUUAUUUUGCCUUUGAAUGGUUUGAAAUUCAAAGUGCUUAGGCGAUGAGAGUGCAUCAAAAUAGAUGAAAUGUAAUGUUGUAAGUAAACAUUUAAAUUGGGGUAUAGCACCUUUUUCACCUUUAAAAAAUGGAUUCACAAAAAUUACUAGGUUCAAAAGUAGAGUAGAGAAGAUACUUGUAAAUGUUGAUUUAGUCAAUUACUUUUCGAAUGAUUUAUAAUGCGUUUUCGAAGACCUCUUUGAAACUACAUUUAACUCAUUAAGUUUGAUAUUCAAUUUUCUGUAUUUCAUUGCAAAUAAAAUCAGAAGUUUUAAAUGCGCCAA